AUAAUCCAAAACAUGAUAUCAGAGCUUCUCUAGUUCUAAACUUUAUGCCUACCUAUCUAGAAAGAACUCAACACUACAUAAUUUCAUAAGAAUCAAGAAAACAAUUUUUACAUGAACAUGAACAUGAAGGCAUCCAAGGAACUACACCUUCUUCGUUGUUUUCUAGUAUUAUGCAGUGUCAUGUUAGGUUCUUCUAUAGCCAACCAUGAUCAGAAAGACUACUACUGUGGUAAUAUCAGAAGAGCUCAAACACCUUUCUUGAAUCCCAAUCCUUCAAUAUUAAGUAGCAUCACCUUGUGCAGAUCUCAGAACCUCUACUUCAAAACUUCCCUUGGCCUUUUCCAAGUUUCUUCAGUUGAUUUAAAUGGUAGCUUACUAACUAUCUCUCACUCAACUUGUACUUCUUCUAUCCAAUAUCUUUCUCCUCUGGCUGUCACAGCAGGUUUACCUUCUCCACCAGAACCUAACUCACUUAUUCUCUUCAACUGUUCAAUCACAAGAUACCCCUUUUUGCCACUCUUGAAAAACUGCACACACAUAUAUAAAUGUGGAGGUGCUGAAGAGCAUGAGAAAAGUCCUUAUUCAUGCUUAGUUAUUGAAGACCUUAAGAAAGUGGGUCUGGGUUUUCAUCCUCGAAAUUUGAACUGCUCCCAUUAUACCUGGGCACAUAAAAGUUCUUCACAUGGUGAAGAUCAUGGAGAAUUGAAGUUUGGAGCAAGGAUAUCUUUCAACACUCAUGUGCCAGAUAUUUGUAAGGGGUGCCAAAAGCCUAAUGACACCUGCGGUGCCGGGUUGAAUUGUUUAUGCCAUGCAAAAGAAUGCAAAGACAAGGUCAUAUCUGAGGUUGGAUCCAUAACAUUUACUGCAAGGACAGAGUUAUUCAGUGUAAAUGACAAGUACCGGGAAAAAAGGGGAUCAAAUUGUUACUUGUAAUCCUUUAUUAGCAGUGUCUCUUGCUGCCGCAGCAUCUCUGAUAGAGUUGUUGCAUCUUGCAAGGAAAAAGUGACCAAGCCUUGAAGGUGCUUCCACUAUGUUUGGUUUAAAAAGAUGUUCAUUCAUUUCAACAAGCAUGUGGUGGUCAUUAAAGGUCCUUGUAAGUUGUAAGUAGCUUCAACAACACUUUGAAGUUUGAAUGAAAUGUGCAUCGUACCAUGAGAAACAUCAUUGAAUAUCCCUUGGUCAACAUUUUGCAUUAAAGCAUUCAUAUCACAUCAUAAGUUGCUUGGGGCUUGGGCUUUGAUCCAUUACCCCCAUGGAGUCAUGGACCCAUCACUCUUUUUUGUUUUUUCAUAUCCCUAUUUGGCCCAAGCAAAAGCAAGAGUGUGUUAUAUUAGCCAAUAAAAAUAAAAUUAGGUUGAUUGAGUGGUAAGCUUAUUUGUCCAUCUAAAUAAAUGUCAAAAGUAGGGGUGAGCAUGGCCUGGUCUGACCCGAAGACCCGAUCCGGUUCCGAUCACUUUAGAGGCUAAUUUGGUGUGAUUUUAUCGGGUCUAGGGUCGGGUAAGGGUCUCAAAAAUAGACCCGGUCAUUAUUUCGGGUCGAGUUCGGAUCAUAGUUCGGGUCACUCGAAAUCGGCCCGGUGGCCCGGUCACCAUACACAAUAAAUAUUUUGUAUUAUUAGUGAUGGAUGAUGGCUAUUAUUAUGUGGAAUUUAAGUAUU